UGAAUGACUGAUUCCCUGUCGGGCCCUGGUGAUUCGAGCUCCCUCUACCAGCAUUCUUGAUAACGACAUCGAUUUGAACCUCCACGAUCCUCCAACGCUCCUCCACGACUCCCUCUGAGCUGAGAUGACUGCUUGAGAUCACUCAUCCUCUCCAGUUGGUUUAUUCAGUAGGGCAUUCCACGCCCGUAUCUUGCUGUCCAGGCAAUCCAUACCGCCCAGGGCAAACACCGCCUUUGAUCGUUAUCAGCGUCACGCGGUGGGUCUGAAACCCUCUGUCUGCUUCACCACGCCUGGGGCCCGAAGAUGUUCUCAGAAUAUGCUUCACGGUUCCUAGCCCAGUCACAAUCACGCAUCUCCAACUUCGUACAACCUGAGUCCGCGGAUUCUCCUCCACGAAAUCCUAAUGACCGAUAUCGAAGAGCAAGCCAAGCUCCAAGAGCUGCCUCAAGAGGGUACGCUCAACGGCAAGGGAAUCCAUACCAGUCCUCGUCUCAUCUCUCCAAUUUCCCUUUCACCUCCCGCUACCAGGCAGCUCCAGAUGCUCCAUUAUUCCACAGCGCUCUAGACGAAUUCCGAGAAGAGGAUGACGAGGAGGAACGGGAAAGGGAAACAGCUGAUUUCUUUGCUCUGCAGAGGUCACGGAGGGUGUUUGCCCCGACCCGACUUGAGGAAAGCUCCGAAACAGACCACGACGAAAGCAAUGCGUCGUUAAAUAACAGUAAAGAUGAGGAUGCAAGAGCAAUAGAGGAUCGGGGGCGAGGACGCGGUAUCAAGAGCAGCUGGAAUGGAGGUGGUCAUAGCACAAGAGGCAGAGGUUGGGCUCCCGAAACAGUAGGAGAGGAAGCCGGAGAUUUCAGCAAAGGCAAGGAGACUACACGGCCGGAUAGUGAGGCAAGCAGCAAGGGGAAAGGGAGGAUGGUGGAUAUCGGACUCGAGUCUACUAUCGAGGAUGAUGACCCACCAGAUGAUUUUGGUGUUGAAGCCUCUGAGGGUAGCCCACCUGCGUUUCAACGAUUCCGUUCACCUCCAAAGCCGGGGGGUUUCAGGUCACCGCCGGAUGCGAAGAAUAUGUCCCGGGAUAGGGAUAUCGAAGCUGCUCUUGGUCCAGGUCCUGCCAUAUCACGGCCUCCAAGCUCAAUCGAAACCGUCCCGGCAACGAUAGCAACCACCCUGGGUGAGGCACCCAAGCAUGAUGUCUUUUGGGGAUCACUCUACUUGAUUUGCCUCGGCGCUCUCUUUGCGACCUUCUUCCUCGUCUUUCUCCACACGCCCACACCGGAUAAGAAUCUGGGCGAUACUAUAUACACCACGCUCAGCGCUUCAGUCCAUCUAUUUGCUGUGGACACUGUUGUCUCAGUCAUUGUAUCACUCGUCUGGCUUGCACUGUUACGAUCGUUUGUCAGACCACUGGUAUAUCUGCUUUUGCUCGCAGUCCCAGUAAUCUUGUUCUCCUUUUCUCUAUACCCAUUGGUUUCCAGUUACAAGGGGACUUCAGGUGGUACGAGUCUGCAGGAUAAGGCGAUGCGGUGGCUGUCCUUCAUCCCGGGGCUCUUUGCUUUCCUCUGGUGUUACACGAUCUAUAAAGGCCGCCAGUCGUUGGCUAAAGCCAUUGGCAUCUUGGAAUUUGCCUCCAAGAUAUUAGCCGCUAACCCUGCACUUCUUGGAUUAGGGUUUGCUAGUCUGGGCACGGUAGUGUUGUGGACUUGGAUGUGGUUAGGGAUGUUCACGAGGAUCUUUCUUGGUGGUCACCUGGCGACUUCUGUCACCAAGUUUAUCAUUGACGCCACGAGCUGGUGGCUUGCCAUCUACUUUGUGUUAAUGUAUAUCUGGACGCUGUCUGUCAUCAGUGCGGUCCAACGAUCAACCACGGCAGCUACGGUAUCGCAGUGGUACUUCCAUCGGAACGCGGUGCCAGCACCAACCUCGAGAGAAAUCGUCACAGCGGCAUUUAACCACGCCAUAACCACCCUGUUUGGCACCGUCUGCCUCUCAACACUGCUGGCAAUGCUCAUCCGUCUGCCACUCCUGAUUCUCCCUCGUCGAAUCGUCGGUGUGGUUUCCAUCUUCGCCUACUCCUUAAUCCCCGCGCCGAUCGCCGCCCUCCUCAACCCUCUCACCCUCACCUACGCCGCAAUCCACUCGCAACCGCUCAACCCUUCAGCGCGCGGCCUCAGCCAGAUGACCUUCCUCACGCCCCAAGCCCCCACCACGACGCUCACGCCGCGCUCCUUCUCCUCGCGCACGCACCCCGCCACGCCGCUCCUCCCCUACCGCCUCGCCAAGCUGCUGCUCCACGCGACGCGCUUCAUCAUGGCCACGGCGCUCGGCUUCGGCGGCUGGGUGGCCACGGCGCGCCAGCUCAGCAUCGCGCUCCCGGACGGCGCCGGCAUCCGCGGCAGCGCGUACGCCUACGUCGUCGGCCUGGUGGCGGGCUUCAUCGGCUGGGGCGUCCUGGGCGCUAUGGAGGGCGUGCUCAGCGGUAUCGUCGACGCGAGCGUGGUCUGCUGGGGCAGCGAGCGCGCCAUGGCGGGUGGCGGCGCGUACUGCCUGGAAGCUGGGUAUUUGUUUGGUGAAGGCAGGGAGCGUGGAUGACUGCCUCUGAUUGACCGACUGACUGAUCGACGGAUCGACGGAUAAAAGAAAGGAUAUCUAUCUAAUUGGACUUGGGGCUUGGGGGCGUUGACUGAAUGACGGAAUAAAUAACCGAAUAAGUGAUUAAGGGAAGGGAAGGGGAGUGAUGGAGUCUGAAGCAGGGCAGAUGGUCUUACCUAUUAGCAUACCAUACCAUACCAUACCAUACCUUACUACCUAGCCUGUUCCAUCCCAAACUCCUACCUUAUGUACCUAUCUUAUUUAAACCCGCUGUCUAUCC